UUUUUUUUUCUCUUCAACUGCUGCACCGUUCAUUCAUUUCCUUCAACAUGACUACACCUCUUAUCACACACUGUAUUUUUGACAUGGAUGGAUUAUUGUUAGAUACGGAACGUGUGUAUACCGAAGUGACUCAAGAAAUCCUUGAUAAAUACGCUAAUGGAGCCAGAUUUACUUGGGAUAUCAAAAGCAAACUUAUGGGUCGUACUGGAGAUGAAAGUGCACGAAUUGUAGUAGAAACAUACAAAUUACCUAUGACUGUACAGGAAUACCUUGAUAUUACAGCAAAAAUUCAACAUGAAAAGUUCCCUUUAGUUCGACCUCUAGACGGUGUAGAACGUUUGAUUCGUCAUUUGCAUCAACACAAGAUUCCUAUUGCUGUAGCCACUUCUUCUACUCGAUCUAAAUUUGAACUUAAGACUUCUCAAAAUCAGGACCUAUUUUCUCUAUUUGAUUUUAUUGUUUGUGGUGAUGAUGAUGGUAUUAAGUAUGGUAAACCUUCUCCUGAUCUCUUUUUGUUAGCUCAACAAAGGUUAGGAAAUCCCCCUUCCGAUCAAUGUCUUGUAUUUGAAGAUGCUGUUAAUGGUGUUCAAGCUGCUUUAAAUGCAAAAAUGCAUGUGAUUUGGAUUCCUGAUGAAAAUAUUUUAAAUUUAUCAGAAAAUGGUGAAACUCAUGGUGCUACUCAAGUAUUAAAAACAAUGGCUGAUUUUGAUCCAUUGACGUUCAAAUUACCUGCGUUUGGACCCCAAGGACCUGAAACGAUCUCACACGAUAACUUGGCAUAGAUAUAUUAUUAUUACUACUAUUCAUUAUUUUAUCCAAGAAUAAUAAAAGAUACUGUACUAGUUUAAAUAGAUGAAAUUAUAAUGUACCUUUUUAGAGUGAAGCGG